CGGCCAUGGAGGUGGAGGUACCGCUCUCCGUCCCGAUGAAAAGUGUGGCGGAGAUGUGGGCGCUGUUGGUGGGAGUGCUUUGUGUGGGCGUGGUGGCUGGCCUGCCGCCCGCGCCCGUCCCUUUCGAGACAUGCGACCAGACCUUGACCCCAAGUGAGUGCCAGCUGCGAAAGGCUGAGUGUGGAGUGAUCAACAGCAUCAUGCAACCAGCUGGCGGGCCGAUCGUCUCUGUGGUUCAUUGCUCACAGGUGGUUGGUGUGCCUAUGAACCCAGCUGUCUUCUCGACUCUAGGCACGUCCUUCCUGACGAGCGUUCCCCCCAGUCUGCCCGAUUACCUUCGGGCAGAUCCCACGUCCCUCGCCGCCCUCCGGUUCUGCGUCCUCAACUCCACCGGCCUCCUUCUACCUGACGGCAAAAUCGACCGGGCGCAACUCCUUACCAAGCUUGACUCCCAGCUGUAUUACGUGCCAUCUGUGGCAGCGACUGUCAAGGAUGCUGUCAAGACCUGUCCGGAGCCUCAGGUGUUUAAGGUUCAGCCCUUCAUCGCCUGCCUCAGGAGCGCCUGCCUGACCGCCCCCGUCCCCCUCCCCCUGAGUGCCAACGAGCUCAACCCCCCCUCGCUGGAUCUGACCCUCGCCAGCCUGCCCACCUCCAUGCCCCUCCCUGGCUACUGGGCCUUCUAGAACGUUCUAGAACAACAGGGGGAGGGGAGGGGAAGGGGGGGGGAUUAAGAUCUGUUCUUCAGCGCUUCGUGGGUUUUUCUAGAA